UACUCUUGCUAUAGUGGCUAAAAGCUACCCUAAAUAUACAUGAAUAAAAAAUAUAUUUAACCAAAAAUAAACCAGAAGUAGCUGCAAUUCUUUCCGUUGACGGCUAUGCUCCUUUCUACAUUCCACUAUUAUCUCCCUAUUCAGUAUGAGUGGAGUGACGUCGUAUCAUGAGAUGGAUCAAGAAGACGAUGGAUUCAACACGGACCUAAGCACCAGCGGCGGCGACCCACCUGAAACCACCACCAACAGUCAUGGAGUCUCCGAACAAGCCUUGCCGCCGAAGGAGGAAGCAAAUUAUUCGGACCCUGACCCGAACCCGGAAGCUCACCCUAGUUCUCUGGGGAUUGUUCCUGUGAUGCCCGUCGCACCCAUGGCUGUGCCUAUCAAAACGGCGAAGCGUUCCUCUACGAAGGACCGCCACACCAAGGUGGAGGGCCGUGGCCGCAGGAUCCGAUUACCCGCCACUUGCGCCGCUCGGAUCUUUCAGCUGACCCGGGAGUUGGGUCACAGGUCAGACGGCGAAACCGUCCGGUGGCUUCUAGAACAUGCUGAGAACGCCAUCAUCGAGGCUACCGGAACCGGCACAGUACCGGCCAUCGCCGUCUCCGUCGGCGGCGCUUUGAAAAUCCCGACGACGUCGUCUUCCAGCGUUAGCCUCUACCACUCCGACGAAGCCUCCGCCGCCAACGCCAAGAAGCGGAAACGGCCGUCAAGCAGCGAGUUCAUAGACGCGAGCGACGCCGUUUCGCUACCGUCCGGUCGGGCCCCGGUUCAAGCUGCGGUGCCGCAGGGUCUGAUUCCAGUCUGGGCUGUGGGCAACGGGAACAUGGUGGUCCCCGCGAACGCCUUCUGGAUGUUCCCGCCGCCGCAGGCGGCGGCCGCCAACCUCACGGUGUCGUCAAACCAGCAACAACCUCAGAUGUGGGCUUUGUCUCAGCCGGUGAUGGCGGCGAACUUCCCUGAAGCAUGGCCGGGGGCGGCGGGUUACAGUGACAACUCAUCUAUCUCGGCGGUAAGCACGAGCACAGUGGGCCCCAUGGUGGCAACGAAGUCCAGCUUGGCACCCAGUGUGAGUUCUAGCUCUAGCGAGAACCAUAAGAAUGGUGAUUGUGGUGGUGGUGGCAAUAGCAAUGGAAAAACUCAAAUGUUAAGGGAUUUUUCGUUGGAAAUUUACGAUAAGCAAGAGUUGCAGUUCAUGGGUGGGUCUGGAACUCUCAGUCUCAGACAACAAAACUCGUCCAAUCAAUGAGAACGAAUGACACUGAUGUUUUUUGCUUUUUAGUGAGAAUUUCUCUUCAAUUGAAUAAAUGUGAUUGAUAUCCAGAAUUCAGAUGAAAAGGCUGAUAGUGUUUGUGCUGUUUUGGCAACCUUGUUUGGUGUUAUUUACAAGUAUGUUUUUGUUUUAGUAUGAUUAUUCAUUGCUUUA